UUGAAAACAAAAGGCGAAGCGGAGAGACUAGAGAAGAAACUGCGUAAUCACCAAUUUUGCUUCUUUGUUUUUCUGCAAAGAUUUUUCUCGGAAAACAAGGCAAGAAAAUCUGACAUUCCUGGAAAUGAAAAAGGGAGGUGGGAGAAAUAAAGGUUUUCCUCCUUCUAUGGAAGAUGGAAGCUCGAUUUCGCUUCGUCAGCUGAUGGUUAAUGAAGGACUGAUUCCAUCUCUUGAAGAUCAGGAGAAACGAAGAGUUGUCAUCAAUAAGCUACGAAAGAUAGUGGUGAGAUGGGUUAAGAAUGUUGCCUGGCAACACCGUCUUCCACAAAAUCAGAUUGACGCCACCAACGCCACCAUUUUACCUUAUGGUUCUUAUGGUCUUGGGGUUUAUGGUUCUGAAUCAGACAUCGACGCUCUCUGCAUUGGUCCUUUCUUUGCCUCUAUUUCUGAGGAUUUUUUCAUCUCCUUGCGUGAUAUGUUGAAAAGCAGACGAGAAGUUUCCGAGGUUCAUUGUGUUAAAGAUGCAAAAGUUCCUCUCAUCCGCUUUAAGUUUGAUGGGAUCUUGGUUGAUCUUCCAUAUGCUCAGCUUAGAGUAUUAUCCAUUCCAAACAAUGUAGAUGUGCUUAAUCCUUUCUUUCUGAGGGAUAUUGACGAGACAAGUUGGAAAAGCUUGUCUGGAGUUCGUGCAAAUAAAUGCAUACUUCAGUUAGUGCCUUCCUUAGAGCUAUUCCAAUCAUUGCUGCGGUGUGUCAAAUUAUGGGCAAAGAGGCGAGGUGUAUACGGUAAUUUGAAUGGAUUUCUAGGAGGAGUUCAUAUGGCUAUUCUUGCUGCAUUUGUUUGUGGAUACGAAUCGAAUGCAACAUUGAGUUCCCUUCUGGCAAAUUUCUUCUACAUAUUUGCUCACUGGCAAUGGCCUACACCGGUGGUGCUGCUAGAGGACACUUAUCCAGCGACUGGGGCUCCUCCAGGCUUAAUGCCCAUCCAAUUGCCAUGUGGUUCACAUCAAUACUGCAACUCCAACAUAACAAGAAGCACUUUUUACAAGAUAAUGGCAGAGUUUCUACGAGGGCAUAAUUUGACAAAGGAUUACUUGAAGCCCAACUUCAGUUGGAAGAAUUUGUUUGAGCUCUAUCCAUACGAAAACACAUACACGUGGUUCACCAAAAUACACCUCUCGGCUGCUAACCAGGAAGAUCUCAGUGAUUGGGUUGGUUGGGUUAAGUCACGUUUCCGUUGUCUUCUGAGCAAGAUAGAGGAAGUUUAUGGCAUUUGCGAUCCAAACCCAACAGAGUAUGUUGAAACCUAUACAAAGCAGCCAAACAUUGUCUUUUACUGGGGAUUACAGCUCAGAACCAUAAAUGUUUCGGACAUUGAAUCUGUGGAGACAGAAUUUCUGAAGAAUCUCAACAGUGGAAGCUUCCAGGGACCAGUUGGUAGAAUCCAGUUAUCGGUUGUAAAAGAGUCUCAACUGCCUAAGAAUGGUGAGUGUGCUAGCAACAACAGAAGCAAGAAGGUGACAAAGACUUGUUGGAGAAUCCGGGAAAAUAAGCAAUGCAAUAAUGUACCGGUUUACUCACAUCAUUUGCCUGGUUAUGUGGUUGGGUAUCAGAAGAUGGCUAACAGAGAAGCUGAUGGUAUGGCGGGUUAAAUGUUAGGUUAUGUUAGUAGUAAUGAUUCUUAGACUCUUUUGUCUGUUUGUUUGCAGGAAGAAACUAGUUUGAAUUUUAACCUUCUGAUUUGUAAAUGUCUCUUGACUAAAUCCCAAUUGUUACACAUUUCUCUACUCUAU